GUGAAACAUUUGCUAUCUAAACACGUCGACAUGGGGAAGAUAAACACAAAUGUGGCACAGCCGCUGUUGACGUUGUUUACAUCAGCAUUGGUCUUCUUCGCGAUUCUGGACAACUGAAUCGAGAGUCCUAUUUAUUGAGCUGAUUUGUUUCUCAUCAAAGCCGCGUUGCUAAAGGAAAACUUCAUGGUGGUAACAACAUGGACAGUGACCUGAGUACCCAGGAUAAAAAAGACUUGGAUAAGUUCAUUAAGUUCUUUGCCUUAAAGACUGUUCAGGUGAUAGUCCAGGCUCGCCUUGGUGAGAAGAUAUGUACUCGCUCGUCUCCGUCCCCCACUGGCUCUGACUGGUUCAACUUAGCAAUCAAAGACAUCCCAGAAGUGACCCAUGAAGCAAAGAAAAUUUUGGCUGGUCAGCUUCCAGGCAUAGGACACUCCAUGUGCGUGGAGAUCUCUUUGAAGACUUCGGAGGGGGACUCGAUGGAGUUAGAGACUUGGUGCCUAGAGAUUAAUGAAAAGUGUGAUAAGGACAUAAAAGUGUCGUAUACUGUUUACGACCGUCUGUCUGUCCUUCUGAAAUCUCUGCUGGCCGUCACUAGAGUAACGCCUGCCUACAAACUGUCUAGAAAGCAGGGACAUGACUAUGUCAUAUUAUACAGGAUCUAUUUUGGAGAAGUUCAGAUGAGAGGAUUAGGAGAAGGUUUCCAGACGGUGCGUGUUGGUGUUGUGGGAACCCCCGUUGGCACUGUCACACUUUCUUGUGCCUAUCGCACAAACCUGGCUUUAAUGUCCAACAGACAAUUUGAGCGAUCUGCGCCUAUCAUGGGGAUUAUUGUGGACCACUUUGUGGACCCUCCCUGUGGCAGCCAGCGACCUGCAAAUAUGGGUCAGCCCUGCAACUACAGGUACCCAGUACACAAAGCAACAGACGACGACGAUGGUGAAGCAUUUGCAGGAGUUCAGGAUUCGCAGGAAGUUUGCACUACAUCCUUCUCCACUUCCCCCCCCUCUCAGUGCUUCUGUACGCUGAGUCCUUCUCCUUCGAAACUGUCUAAGGCACUUCCUCUGGACAAUCCACAGUUUCCACUGGUUCCCGGUCUCGUUACUCAUCCUGCUCAAUCAAUCUACACUGAAUUUGCUAAAGAUGAUUCAUGCAUCUGUUCUCCUUUUUGUCUGCACAUGCAGCUGCUAUCCUACCAGCCUGCUGUUCUAGCAGGAACUCCUGAGCUUUGCCACACUGCUGCCAAUCCAAGCCAGACGCUGCAUGCUGGGAAGGAGGACGGGGUGUUGCAUCCAGCGCAGCCCUAUCAUGGCACCGAAGCUCAUCUGACAGUGGAGCACAUGCCCAAUAUCCCUGGCAGCCGUGGCGACAAUGACAUUUUCUCCCACAGCGGAGAGGGAAGGAGGAGCACCUCUCCCUCUGACCUAGUCGAGACUCUUAAUGCCUUGACGAGGAAAGUUGGAGCUUUUGUCAAUAAACCCAAUGCACGGCUCUCAGCCACAAUGGACCUGCCAUUUGCUGCGUUUGCUCCCAGAGGCCUAGACUCUGAGGACAAUGAUCCAAUGGUACAUCCUCCAGACUCUCCUUCCUGCAUGUCACCUCUGCAGGCCAGCCUUCACUCGCAAGGCUCAGACGGCUCAGGGCAGCAGGAUGACUUUGUCAUGGUUGACUUUCGGCCAGCUUUCUCUAAAGACGACUUGUUGCCGAUGGAUUUAGGAACAUUCUACAGGGAAUUUCAGAACCCUCCGCAACUGGGCAGUGUUUCGCUGCACAUCAGUUCCCAGUCAAUGGCUGAUGAUCUCGUAGAUUCGCUGCCAGAGAAACUGGCCAUCUACGAAAGAAACAUUGACGAGUUUGACGCCUUUGUGGAUAUGCUUCAAUAGAGAAUGACAGCAAGCGAGGACUCACCUUUAUCAGUUAGUUUCCUGAUGCCACUUGUGUCCCAGCUUGUACAAAACAUUCACUGUAAAUACAACUUCUGAGACUGACACGCACUUGGAUCCUGCUUAAAAUGUUCAUAAUGACAUAAAACACUGAACUUGUCACUUUAAACAAGCAUCAAUGCAAUAAAAGCAUGUCACUUAAAUGUUCAUAGUGAAAAUCAGGGAUGCAACCUGCUAGAAUUACCUUGAGAAUGCAUUUAGCCUAACACAGUAACUAGCUGCUUAAUGCAUUUAGAGACAGUGUGUAGAAUUUGUCCACUUGUUUGAAGAACCAAUUUCAUUCUUUGGCUUUUGACUGACUUAUUGUUUGGAUUUACUGUUUUCACCGUCUUUAUGAUUGUCCCAUUGCUUCGCAUGUUUAUAGCUACAGCCAUUGUAAAAUGCAAAUAUAGAUAUGCCCAUGGUUAAAGGGGCAAAAAAAACAUUGUGAUAAAACAUAUUUCUUGCCAUCUUAUUUAAAUUGAUUUUUUUUUUUUAGAUGAACAUUGACAAAAGGUUGUCUACACACUGUCUCUUAAUUGUAAAGUAGAGGUGAUUGUUCAAGUUCCCAGCUGGUCUGAGGAUUUCAAUCAAGUGUCUACACUUUCCGCAGUAGUGUUGUACAGAUAAAUCUACUCAAACUCACGUGGCUUGCAUCAACCUUAAAAUACAUGUUGUAAGCCAUCUGUUUUCAUUGUAAUGAAGCAUGGCAUAACACCCUACAACAUCUUAAAGGUGAAGUCAUCUUCUUAAUAUGUUCUAUGGACUUCCACUAGUAUUAAACAGAUUUCUGAUUGUUUUGUUGGUGGCGCAUGAAGCAAUAAAACCCUCGUUUUUAAUCAUCUCAGGGGGCUGCCAUUUUGCCACUUGCUGUCAACUGAAGGAGAUGUCAGUAUCUCAGUGCUGAGAAAAUAACCCUUUAGCUCAUCUGAUUUAGGGGUCUGGUCAUGUGAUGUAUUCCCAAAAAUUGAUAUAUUCCACUCAAAUUAUACCACUUUCAACCUCAAGACAUUCCAGGCGAAGGUUAAGUUUUGUUGCUUGAAACAUAUUCAGCAAACCUGACUUGAUAACAGUUUAUAUUAAAGCAGUCAGUAAUAAUUAUUUCAUAAAAAGCAGUCAGUAAUAAUUAUUUCAUAAAAGUUUUGUCAAAUUUGUGAUGGAUGAAUAAAUCUUUUAAUUUCUUCCAUGAACCAUUUGUGACUUGGAGUUCCCAGUUUGAGUGUCACUUGAGUGCAUUUUCCCUGGUCAGAGGUCAAUAAAAUUGACUUCCCUGGAGUGCAGCAUAAGAUUUUAUGCACUGUCAUUUUGAGAAAACAGCAAGUUGCCACUUGUACAAGGCAAAAUGGCAGCCCCUCACAACCCAAUGAAUUACAAACACGCAAAUCAUCUGCUUAACCCGUUCAUAUUCCACAAACGCAGUAAUAGUAAUAAGCAUUUUACUAGUGUAGACACCGAACAAAAUGUUUUUGUUUUUUCUAACUUGACUUCCCCCUUUUAAGUCUCAUGUGAGGCGGCUAUACGGACUCCAUUUUCAGUGCAUUUUCUGCAGGCUGUUGCACAUUGGGGGAAAUUUAAAUUUACAGCAAGGUUUGCAUCCCAUGUUCUGGUUGAAAGCUUUAACUUGAUGUUCCAAUAAAAAGCAUGUUGAAAUGA